GUUGUGUUGAAUAUAUUGCACUGCUCGCACAGCAUCAAUCUCGCCCCGCAGUCCAGACCCCAAGGGCACAGCCAAGCACGCACACACACACACACAGACGCGGCAGCAGAUGCGGCAACUCCGCCUCCUUCUUCCUCCUGUCCAUCCACAUCUGCAUCCGCAUCCGCCGCCGCCGCCGCUGAUGGAUAUUGCGCGCGCGGACGUAGCACACAACAUUAUCACCGGCAUGCCCAGGACGGGAGAUGAGCAUCGGCGUCGUCAUUGUCAGCUGCUCAGCACCGUAGGAGGCGCCCCUGAGGCGUCCUGGUCUUCAGCGCUGACGGGCUGCCACGGCGCGCCUGUGCUGCCCUACAUACUACGCACGGCGUAUGAGCGCUCGCAUCUCUGCAUCUCGCAGCAUAAGCGUGCCGAGCUUUGUGUGGCUUCCAGCUACGCCGGGAACGUUGAUCUUGUGGCACUGCUUGAGUGUCGCACAGCACUGGCUUCUGUUGCACGACAGAUCCGGUCAUGGUGGGGUGCGCUUGUCUUGCAGAGCAUAGCUGCGAAAGUCUUGGCGCGAGGUCAGGAGGGAGAUGGCAUUGCAAGGCAAGGGCUUGAAGAACUGGAAAUAGGCGCAUGGAAUUUGGCCGCGGCCUAGGCAGACGGCGAAUGGAGAUGCGUCGAGUGCAAUGGAAAUUUGUAAAAGAAUAAAGUGGUUGUGAUAAGAGAGCUACUUGUCCUACCUUUGCGCGUUUUUACAGCUCAAUGGCGCUAGUUUGCGAUGCCGCCAGUGGACGGCACAAGUUCCCCGGGAAUUGGAGAAAGACGCUAUCAUUGUGAUAGGUAGUAGUGGAAUUAGCUUACCAAGGUGGUGCUUCAAUCUCCUCUAAUCUUCUGUCACGAGACGUGGAGCUCCUAGUGUCAUCAAAGGAGCU